AUGCAUCAUCUUCUUUUACAGUGGGUAAGAAGACUGAGUGGCGCUCCUGACAUGACUCUCGAGGCAACCCGGAAUAUGACACCAAACCUCCUGACCCGUGAUGGUGGCAGCAUUACGGAGAAUUCAGGAGGUUUACUUGCCCCGAAGGGCAACAAUACUACAAAUACCAACUUGGCCACAGACUUCUAUUCAGCAUCUCCUAUCAAUACUCCCUCCAAUACACCCUCAAGCACACCCUCGAGUACACCUUCGAGUACGCCUUCGAGUACACCCUCUUGCGUAACGCUCUCGCAGACUCCAAUAGAAAGCUCCUUUAGCGCCCAAGUCUUUGCUGAUAAAAAGCCUGACCAAACGGUGCAGAUCUUCAUGGGAAAUCAAUACAUUUCGGACGGGUUUGUCCUGAACGAGAUGUUCUUUUUGAAAGGAAACGGUCUUGAGAAGGCAGGCUUACGUGAAAGGUAG